UAGAGUCCGACUCGAAAUGAUUGGAUGAUCCACCAGAAAAGGAACUCCCACAUCCCUUUUUCGACGUUCUACUCUGUACCCACCGUCAGUUCAUGGUUGGAUUACAGUGAUUCAGCGUGGAGACCGGGCGACUGCGAGCAAGGAGGCUCUAAUGAAAACUGGGUUUUUUGGCUUACGUUCUACUGUACGUUGCCGGGCGCAAUCACACACGCGUCAAGGAGGGCUUGGGUCGCGUGCCCUCCUUCCUGCGCCGAGCCAUUCUUUUGCCUUGUGCUUGGCUGGAGUGAUACCGUAAUGGAUCAUGGAUGGAUGGUGGACAUGUGGGAUGGGGUGUGGGACGUCAGGUCGUCGUGUCUCCAGUCCCGCUCCGCCCUCCCUCCUUCGACCUUCGACGCCCCCAACUCUCCUAUCAGAUGGCUCCGUGCGGUUACGCCCACGCGUGUGGUCCUAUUCCUGCUCAACUCUCAAGGCUGGGCGGAAUUCCCAGUGCCUGGGGCGCCGAUCUGACAACAAUGCUUGGCCACGAAAUGCUGCGGUUGGACUUGGUACACCUUCCGCCCGUUGUGGGUUUGUCCCGGUGAAGCGGGCUCUGGGGGAUGGUGCCUAGGAUGCUUAUUAGUCUUGUCGUCCCUCUCUCCUAUUUCUCCAUGUGAAAGGGUUUCUGGUGGAUUUGGCAUUUUUAUUGUAAUAUCUUCUUGUCACUCACUCCUUUCUUCUCUGCUUUGGGGAAGCGAAAGCUAUUCAUUCAUUCGGCUUUCUCGUCAGGACAGUCCUCUCCAACUACCUUACAUCUUUCACUUACUCGAUACCCAACAAGAUUUCAAUUUUCUCUGUUUAGCCUAUUAUGGCUUCAUCACUUGGCGCUUUGAGGAACGUGGUCGAACCAGCUUUCAUCGUCUUUGCCUUCACUAUAGGCACCCUUAUUAACCGCCGCCGGCUGGAUCGUGACGAUGACGUAGACUCGUGUGAGCGUGGAUCGGAGGAUUCCUCCUCCCGCCCCACCUCUCCGCUCCUCAAGCCGGGGAUGCGCGCGGAGUCGGGCGAGGUAUCCCGCAUCAACAGCAAACUUCUCGUUCGAUUUUACAAUACCUUCCCGUUCCUUGCUGAAAUCUGGUAUUGGAAUGCAACGUACUGGAUAUACCAACUGCUCCGUGCCUUCUCGGCACGUAUGAUUGCCGGUAACGAAGCAGUCUUUGCGCGAGCUCGCGACCAUGCGAUUUCCAUUCUGAAGUUUGAGCACUUCUUCGGCAUUGACGUCGAACUUGGCGUACAGAAAUAUGUCCUUACAAACAUGCCCUGGUUGAUGUCCUACUUGGCCAAGAUCUACUACUUCCACAUCAGCCUCGGCAUCAUCUUCAUCAUCUAUUGCUACACAUUUCUUCCGCCGAGCACAUUUCAGAGAAUCCGACGAACUAUCGCCAUGGACAACGCCAUCGCCUUCGUCAUCGUCACGACCUAUCGUUGCAUGCCGCCGCGCAUGCUCCCGGCCGAAUACGGAUUCGAAGAUGUGCUCCACGGAGCUAAGGGAGGAGGCAACGCGUGGACGCACAACAAGUUCCAGCUGACUAUCGCCGCGAUGCCGAGUCUUCACUGUGGUACUGCUCUCUUCCUCGCCUGGAGUAUCUGCCGGUUUUCGCCUCACCGUCCGCUUCGUCUUAUUGCGCCACUGUGGCCGAUGGCUAUGCUUUUCACGAUCGUUGCAACGGCGAAUCACUUCAUCUUGGAUGCCAUGAUUGGUGCGAUGGUCCCUGUUAUCGGAUGGAGGUUUAACCGGGCUGUCUUGGUGUUGCUGCCGCUGCAGAAUUGGGUGUUGGAGGGGCUGGGGUUGCAAACCCCUGAGGAUGAGGACAAUACUCCGGCAUAUGUCCCGAAAGAGUGGUAAGAUAGAGCAUGUUCCGUUGAAAGGAACAUGAAGGAUUUAGUGGGACACAGAGCAAAGCAAUAAUAUCAAUAGACAAGUGCGCUAACGAUGAAUAUUCCAAACACAUGAUCGGAUCGGAUAUCGGGGCCACACGCCUCCUGUGU